AUGUUAUCAUUACCCGCGACAAAUAGGUUACUAGUUAUCGGCUCGAUAUGCAUAUUCUGUCUAGUACAGAAUUCUUCCGGAAAUCAAACCAUCGAGCUUAUCAACGAUCAGAUGCGACACUUUUCGAAUGUACCACGAAUGAAAGCAUACCCAUAUAUGGCGCCCGAACGAGUUAUAGAAAAGGCGUAUAGCAGAAAACACAAGAAACCGCAAAAUGCGAUAUACUAUUCUCCAGAAGCUUUUUCAGCACCAUCAAACGAUUUUCCAAUGGGAAUGCCGGGAAAUGCUAUGCCAGGAGCUAGAAUUCCGCCACUUCAAGUUGUUCAUCCACCAUCUCCUAAUGAAAAGGAUUGGGUGCUCACUGCAGGAAACGAGAGUCUAGUAGACAAUGUGCUCGCAAUUUCUCUUCAAUAUGGAGGUCGACUCGUUUCAAUGGGAUACUAUUUGCGAAACCAAGAUGUCAAUUAUUAUGCAAUAAUGCAUAAAUAUAAUGGACCUGUUUUCAUCAAACCAGCUCCAAUGACAUUCGACGAACUCGUGCGUGCUGUGAGAGAGAAUGAGGCGCGUGAUUUGGCGUUGACCCAAGUUUGUGGUCAAGAAGGAAAACCUGGCGAAAUCACAUUCACAACAUAUUGGGAAAGAGUUCCAGGAGCAGAGUAUCAUAUUUGGUUCCCAGGGCAACCUCACGCAGACGAGCAAAAGAAACAUUUUGAGCAGAAUGGGUUCCGAUUAACCUAUCUUUGUGGUUACACUGAAGCUGGAAAAGGAAAGUAUGUUGGAAUUUGGCAGAAGCCUGCCCUUUCGAUAGCUCAGUAUGAAGCACAUUAUGGUCUUACUAUGGAAGCAUGCCUUCAAAAGGAUAAAAUAUUGGUGCAGAAAGGAUAUGUUGCGACUUCCUUGAGAGUUUUCAAUAAUAGAAAUCAAGUCCUCUGUACUGGUAUUUGGGAAAUGCGCAAUGGAAGAAGUACUGUACUAGUGGGUCAAGACCUCCAAGGAAUGUAUAGGAAUAUGCAACGAAAUCCCAAUAUGAUUCCACGACAAAUUUCGCAUUUCAUGGAUAAUUAUCAAAAUGUGCAAUAUGUUGUGCUUUGGAGCGAUGUUGAUAGUAAUCGGUACCCGAACCCUCCACCACUCUGGGAUGAGGCCCCGAUCCCUGUCCGAUUCCUGAGAGGCUCGCCGGAACUUUUGAAAGACGACCAAAUGGAGUUUCUAAUCAAACGCGUCGAGCAUUUCAUGAAAGACCUGAACAUUCCCGGUCUCUCAAUUGCAAUUGCGAAACGGGAGCAACUCAAAUUCGCUGCAGGAUUUGGCUAUACUGACAUCAGAAAGGAAGAAGUCGUGACCCCCAAUCAUCAAUUCAGAGUGGGUUCAGUUUCUAAACCAGUUACCGCAUCUGCAAUUAUGCUUCUAAUUGAUAGAGGACAUUUUACAUUAGAUUCAAAGCUAUUCGGACGGGAAUCAAUUUUUGGCUCUGAGUUCAGUAAGAAACAUCAAUAUCAUCGCUAUGUCACUGAAAUUACUGUUCGACAUUUGCUGGAACAUACUGCUGGUGGUUGGGACAAUUUGCAAUCGGAUGCUGCUUGGAUUCAACCUGAAAUGAACACAAAAGAGCUCAUCGAGUACGUUCUAGCCAAUGUUCCGCUUGAGUACAAACCGGGAACAAUGUGGAUUUAUUCGAAUUUUGGCUACCAAUUACUAGGCUAUUUGAUCGAAACCACCACCGGAAUGUCGUAUGAAGCAUUCGUCAAGAAGAACAUUUUCGCUCCAUCUGGCGUUUACGAUAUUCAACUGGCGCGGCCGACAAUCAGCGAGCGUGCACCAAGAGAAGUGAUGUAUUACAUGUCCGGAAAUGGUUUGGGAUUCAAUCCAUACGAAAUGUUGCCACCAGAGAGAAUCGGACCAUGGGGGGGAUGGAUUGCCAGCCCUAUUCAGCUUCUCAUGUUCAUGAGUCGAAUUGAUGGUUUCACCAAGCGCACUGAUAUUCUGAGCGAAGAUGCUAUUAUUGAUAUGUCAACCUCAUCGCUAGCUUCAAACGAUACAUAUGGACUUGGUUGGUCUUUAAAUAUAAUGGGAUUCAAUGGUUGGCAACAUGAUGGUAGAAUGCCUGGAAGUGCUGCUAUGCUUGUAAGACUUGACAAUGGAUUGGAAAUGGCUGUAACGGUUAACAAGGAAUAUUCCGAACGUGACUUCUUCCAUGAGCUCGGCUACGUAUUGCAUCAUGUCGGCAAUAAUUGUGAUUGGUGGAACGAUGACGUCGAUCUAUUCCAAAAGAGUCGCCGAUCAUCCCGACAAACACCACAGAUGUUCUACAGAGCUUUCAAUAAUUCAUCAUAA